AUGGGGCUCCCCCAGAGGCAGCCUCUCCUGGGGCUGCUGUUCCUCCUCGUGGUACUGAGCUGGCUCCAGCCUAGCCUGAGCCUAGAGCUGAUCCCCUACACGCCACAGAUAACAGCCUGGGAUCUGGAAGGGAAGGUCACUGCCACCACCUUCACCCUGGAGCAGCCUCGCUGUGUCCUUGAUGGGCAUGCUGGCACUAAAGAUACUAUCUGGCUGGUGGUGGCCCACAGCAAUGCCUCCAGGGGCUUCCAGAACCCACAGACCUUUGCUGAGAUCCCAGCCUUCCCACAGUUGCUGACCGAUGGCUAUUACAUGACGCUGCCCCUCUCCCUGGACCAGCUGCCUUGUGAGGACCCUGUGGGGAGCAGUAGAGACACCCCCGUGCUGCGAGUGGGCAAUGACCAUGGCUGCCACCAGCAGCUCUACUGCAAUGCCCCUCUUUCUAGUCCUGGACCUUACCGUGUGAAGUUCCUCCUGAUGGAUGACAGGGGCUCACCCAAGGCCCAGACCAGGUGGUCAGACCACAUUACUCUCCACCAAGGGAAGGACCCAGGCUCCAUUGACACUUGGCCAGGGCGACGAAGUGGUAGCAUGAUAGUCAUCACCUCCAUCCUCUCUUCUCUGGCUAGUCUCCUGCUCUUGGCCUUCCUGGCAGCCUCUACUGUGCACUUCUCCAGCUUGUGGUGGCCUGAGGAGGCCCCCGAGCAACUGCGGAUUGGCUCCUUCAUGGGAAAGCGCUACAUGACCCACCACAUCCCACCCAGUGAGGCUGCCACACUGCCUGUGGGCUGUGAGCCUGGCCUGGACACCCUCCCCACCCUCAGCCCCUAG